AUGGUGAUUCAUAGACAAAGCAAUGAGGAGCAAGAUGAUAAGGUGUGUGAGAGCAAAACAACAUGGGAGAGGGGGCAAGAUGACAAGAUCAGCAAGGGAGCAUGCAAUGGGGAGGAAGGAAGCGGUCUGCUGUGGACAAAACAUCCUCAACACGUUUUCCCAUCUCCAACCAAACCCCGACCACUAGGAGGGCCUGCUGCCAGUCUCCAGAAGGGCAGUGAAUUGCCAGUUCCAAAGAGGGUAACAAAUUUACCAGUCCUAGAGGGCGGCGGUAUGUUCCCAGGCGCAUGGACUGGUCAAAGGGAAGGAAGCGGUCUGCCGUGGACAAAACAUCCUCGACACGUUUUCCCAUCUCCAACCAAACCCCUACCACCAGGAGGGCCUGCUGCCAGUCUCCAGAAGGGCAGUGAAUUGCCAGUUCCGAAGAGGGUAGCAAAUUUGCCAGUCCUAGAGGCAGGCGGCCACACGUAA